UUGUGUAAUUCUAAGGUGUUCGUGUAGAAAUGAGUGAUUUAGAUUCGUAAAUUAUUUUGGGAAUAUUAUGGUGCCUGUGUAUUUUUAAAUUCGGGUGGACUUUUGAUGAAAUAGGUUAAGGUACACGUGUCAGCAUGGAGGAGACAGAUCAAACGGAGGCUGAUCAAUCCAUCGUUGCUACGUUGUCUAAAAGCAUUGGCUUCCGACGUAUCGACAUCGCGUUCGAUCAUACUCAGCAGGUGUACUACAGUGGACAAAAGAUUUCAGGGAAUGUUCACCUGGACGUGGAUGAACCUGUGAGCGCUCUAGGGAUCAGACUGAAAUGCAAAGGUGAGGCUCAAGUGUAUUUCACGGAUCGAUCAGCGGGCAUACGUCGCAAGUUUUCAGCAUUCGAGAAUUACCUCCACGUGGAAACUUAUCUCGUAGGCGAUGGUAAAGAAAAGUCUAUGAUAACUGGUGGCGUCUACCCGUUCAGCCUGACGCUUCCGGAGAACCUACCGUGCAGUUUCGAGGGCCGAUACGGACGUGUACGGUACUCGAUUAGGGCAUUGUUGGACGUAACGACCAUUUAUCGGUUUUCCACCAAUAUUAUUCCAUUCACGGUCGCUCCCAUUCUUGACCUUAAUCGAGAUCCUCUCGCUCCUUUGCCUAUAAAUGUUCAACAGUCCAAAGUGUACAUGGGCCAAACGGAGCCGCUCAGUGUUUCCAUGUCCCUUCCGGUUCAUGGCUACGUUCCGGGGCAAACUAUACCCAUAAAGAUUGACAUGAACAACCCUUCUACGGUGGCGCUUAAAAAAAUCAGAAUCGUUCUGAAAAAAGUAACUGUUUCUAUCGUAGUGGUGACUUAUCAUUCCACGGAAAAGUCUCGUAAGCACAAAGAGAUCGUAGUUGAAGUAGAACAGCCUGUUAAUAAAAAUUCUGACACGUACGACGUCACGUUUGACGUUCCUGCAGUACCACCCACAGGGAUGAUCCACUGCAACAUCAUCGACGUUCUGUACACGCUUAAAGUCGAAGCCUGCGUAGACGUAAGCGAGUGGUACUACAGAAUGUUCCAAAAGAACCUGAAGCUACGAACGAGUAUAGUAAUCGGCACGAUACCGCUCCAAAAUUACGAGACUCCGCAAAAAACGGACGACGUGACGGAGGGUUUGCCGUUUCAAGCAUUGUGUACCGUGGCCGCGGAUGAGCACGCCAACGACAUGUCUUCGUCGAAAAACGUCGACAGAGAGGAAACUGCGAAACCGAGUUUGUCCCUGCCGUUGUACGAGAAAAGUCAAAUAUAUCGAUCCUCGAAACCGGACAGAGACGAUCCCACGGGAGACGAGGGUGACAGCGACGGAGAAGUCACACCGUAUUCGCCUAUGUAUCGUGUGUAUAAAUUCAAUUCGUCCCAAAAGAGGAAUAAUUAG